AUGCCUGUGGAUCGUGAAACAUAUGCUGCACUAUUUCUCGAGGUGGUCGCAUCUGAUGAAGGAGAUCCAGCAAACACCGCCAUAGUCACAAUAACCAUAUACGUGGAUGAUGAGAACGACAAUGCCUCAGCCCCCAUAUUUCCGUUACCUGACACCACGUUCGGUUACGACCCGCCUGUACACAGUAAUACACCGUUUGGCGUAGUGGUAACAAGGCUUCGGGCAGUCGAUGCACACCAGGCGGAAAGUGGAACUGUUCUAUUUCGUAUCAACCCCGGAACUUAUGGAAGCGAGCUGUUUAAUCUCAACACCAAGUCAGGUGAGCUAACCACUGCCUUGGUACUUGAUCAGAUGUUGCAAAGGAAACAGCGUAUAAGCAGAAUGGAAGAAGUUGCUGGUAGCCCAUUGAACAAACCUGUGCCUGGUGUGUACCUCUUGGAGGUAAUGUUAACAGACAAAGGUGUUCCAGCCAACACAUUCCUUAACCGAUUUUACGUCAAUAUUGAUCCCCCUGACCUAGCUGAUGGGGAACGUGCAGCAGACAAUCGGUUAUUUGACGUCCAAUACAACCUAUUUCCUCGAGUAAACUUGCUAUGUAUUUUGGGCUCUUGUAUUGUUAUUGAGUCUAUUUGUUAUCUACACCGGUAUGGCCAUGUUAUUCUGGAUCCGAAUAUGCAAGCGAGCAAAGAAGAUGCAGCCUGUUAA